AUGGCCCAACACGCUACCCGCGAGUAUGCAAAGUUUCAGCAGUACGGCACCCAAGCGAAGUCAAUGCUGCGCGCCAUGCGCACCCAUCUUCGACACCACGUCGAGCGCCCGGACUUUGACGUCGAUGGCUUAUUCGACGAGCUCAGCGAGUUGAUCAAGGACCUCCAGUACAGGAAGAAGCACAAGAUCACAACAGAACCUAUACGUAGGGCUCACGAACUCGAGGUCAAAGUGCCCACGCCGCAGAUCAUCUUCGUUGAUUCAAUAGCCAAGGUUCAGGAUGUGAUCCGGAGCAUUGAGAUCGCUCGGGUGGGCGCGAGGGACCAUCCGAUAUUGUACUUGGACUGCGAAGGUGACAAUAUGGGUAGGAGGGGUACUUUGGAUCUCGUCAACAUAUUCGUACCGCGGGAGAACGUCGUGUUUGUGAUCAAUGUGGCGACGCUGAAGGAGCAAGCGUUCUCCGCAACCAUGGACAACGAAGCGUUGAACCUGAAGGCUGUGCUAGAGGAUGAAAGCAUGAGCAAAGCAAUCUUUGAUUGCCGAACCGACAGUGAUGCUCUGUUCUCCCACUUCGGAAUCAAGCUUGCCGGAGUUGUUGACAUCCAAUUACUGGACAACGUUACACAAUGGAAGAAGAAGAAAGUUGAUAAACUGCAAGCUCUCUCGUGCUGCUUUCACCGUCUGAAUCUGAAAGCUUCGCAGCUGCAAGCCUUGGAGACCAUUCAGUUCUGGGGCAAAGAAGCGAUGAGGGAGACCGCCGAAGACGUGGGGCGACGGAUGUCGAUCUACGUACCUGGCUUCGAGACUCGCGAGCCGACAGCAGAAGAUCGGGCACAGGAUGAGAUCAAAGGUCGUGUUGCGAUCGGUCUAGCAAAACCAGCAUUUGACGAGAAGCCACUGCCACCGUUUCUGCUUCAGUAUGUAACGGCUGACCUGAUCCUGCUGCCAGCACUCUAUCAUCACCUCACGGCGCAUCCGUUCUGGAGCAAUGAGUGGGCCGCUCGUGAGCGAAAAGCGACUAUUUCCCGGCUGGCAUUCCCGCGAUCUCCUGACUUCGACAGCCGGAAGAUCAAGAUGAACCUGCCGCCUGAUGGGCGGGCGGAUAUCGAGAGGACUUCGAGGGCAGUGUGA